CAUCUGGCUGGGGUUCACCAGCCACUCUGGGUGGCUUCCAACAGAAAUAUUAGAAUACACUAAUUUCUUAAAGAUUAAAAGCUUCCCUAAACAGGGCUGCCUUCAGAUGUCCUCUAAAAGUCUGGUAGUUAUUUUUCUUUUUGACACCUGGUCCUUCAGGGGCACAGUUAUCUCAUUCAGGACCAGGGAGUCCCCCACGCCUGCCCACCUCCUGUCCCCCACAAACAGUACUUCUGUCUUGUCAGGAUUCAACCUCAAUCUGUUACAACCAUUCACUUGUCCCAGUAUGCAAGAAGGAGAAGCACACACAGUGGAAAUGGAAAUGCUAUUAAUUAUGCACAAAGGCAGCAGUUUUUUUUAACUGUGGGCACCAACCAGGCACCCAGAAAUCUCCGUGUAGUUGGACCUGUGCCAGUAGCAAAAUUAGCCAAGCACCUGGGGAACUUCAAAGACUGGAUGUAUGUGAAUAUGUAUACAUUUAGGAAACUGCUUAGGAAACUGGGUUUUACAGUUCCCAGGUCCAGGAUCUGUUUUCUACAGUAUGGAUGCAGGAGCUACUCAGUCGAGAAAUAUCUCUUUUAGACAAUGUAAGAGGGAAUACAGUUUUUAGGCCACAAGGUAGCUGCUUAAUAGUUAACCUCGUUUCGUAUUAAUGGACCCUGGGUGUGUCAAACCUGUUUUUAUGAGAAGCUCCUGGUUUUGUGUGUCAAUAAAACAACCUGCCAGGUGUACUGGAGCCUUAAUAGUUCCCUGGACUUUGGCCAGUGGGGUUUGUGUGACAUUGUGGUGGAAAUGCAAGAGCUAAUUGAAGGGUUGGGGUGCUGCUGGUCUUCACGAAGAAGAUCUGCAGGAGUUCAGCAUCUGCCCACACAGAUCUGAUUUCAGAGAUCCAGCUCCUCGACAUGUGCAUGCAGAACUGUGGCCCGAGCUUCCAGUCUCUGGUUGUGAGAAGGGAUUUCUGCAAAGACAGACUUGUGAAGCUCCUGAAUCCAAGGUUCAACCUUCCUGUUGAUAUGCAGGAGAAAAUCCUGACCUUUAUCAUGACGUGGGCUCGAGGAUUUCAAGGUGCUGUGGACGUAAGUGAUGUAAAAGAAGUUUACCUGGAGCUGCUUAAGAAAGGGGUCGAGUUUCCAUCUUUGGGAAUCAACAAGGGGGCCAAGCCUUUGCCCCCGGUCUCUACAAAAGUACCAUGCAGUAGUCCCAGGAGGGGCAUUUUAGGAUCCCUUCCCCCAUCUACAGUCAUAACACUGAUUCCCGAACAGAUCGGAAAGCUGUACAGCGAACUGGAUAUGGUAAAGAUGAAUGUGAGGGUCAUGUCAGCCAUCCUGAAGGAAAACGUCCCUGGGUCAGAAAAUCCAGACGAUAUGGAGCUUCUCCAGAAGCUCUAUAAGACAUGUCGGGUAAUGCAAGAGAGAAUUAUGGAACUGCUAGCGACUGUGCAGAAUGAGGACGUGAUCACAGAGCUGAUACAAGUGAAUGAAAAUCUGAAUAAUGUCCUACUGGGACAUGAAAGGUUCUCUCGAAACAGAGUACGCUUCUUGGAGAAUCAAAGGAUUCAGAACGAAGGUGCAGGGGUCAAUGGCAACCAGCCGUCUGCUCCUUCGUGUGAUUUGCUUGACCUGGGUUCAAACUUUUCCGCUUCUGUGCCAAAGCCUGGGGAAGUUGGCCCUGCACCUCCUCAGUUUUCAGAAUUGAAUUGCCAGCCACAAAGUGUUGCUGUUCCAAGCCCCUAUCCCACUCAGCCACCACUUUACCCUCAACUAAAUUCACUCACAACUACAAAUGCUGCACACACUCCGUUCACAUCAGCACAAAGUACAUGCCAAAGCUUUCCAGGUAGCUCCACAUACAUCAACGUGAACACCUAUUUAAAUCCAGUACUUCUGCAUCCGGUUAGCCUUCAGAGUAAUGGCUCAAGAGAGGUGCCCCCAGCAGAUGUAUCGAAAAGCAGUCCCCCGCCUCCUAAUUAUUACGAGCUAAUGGAAUUCGACCCCUUGGCUCCCAGUGACAAAACAGAACCUAUAUAUGAAGAAAUUGAUGCACACCUAUUCAGAGCAAGUGUUAGAAACAACACCCGUUGUUAAAAGCAGAGGUCCAAGAGAACCAGUUCUUUACCAGUACUAGAGACUAUUUUGAUCACUCAAAACCUGUCAGCUCAGUGACAAAGAAUAGGAGGACAAUUUUUGGAAGAUGAUUUGGAUUUGUCACACCGUUUGUAUGAAGACAUUCAAAACCUAUCCUCCCUUAAGUGCAUUACAUUAAGCUCGAAUGAUCGUUAAGAAUGUAAGGUUCUACUUGUGUGUAUACUUUAGACCAAGGUCUACAAAUUACAUAAAGCAUAUCCCCCAACCCCCAAAUCAUUUUUUCCUAGGGAGCAAAAUACCCAAGACUGUAACUAUAAAAGAAACCUUGCACUUAGAAAAAUAAGGUACUUUUAUUUUAUGGUACAUUCUGCUUAGUUAUAAAAGCACAAAAUAUUUUCCAUAGGUAGAACUACAUAAUGGAACUUGAUUUAAGUUGAUGUGCAUCAUUGUGCUAGCGGUCCAGGAACAAAUCGAGGUUCUAGCUAGCCUUCAAGCUGUUACCUGGGAUUUAGUGCUAAUUUUUGUGGGGGGUGGACCUUACCCCUCUAUCCCCUCAGUAUAAUCUUCGUGUAAAACUAUUUGCUAACCAGGCAUAGUUUUGAAAUCAGAUGUUUCAUAGCAAGUUUCUUGGUCUUCUGAUGACUAGUCACUAUAGCACUUUUCUCUAGUUUAUGUAAUGCACUCAUUGUCUCAGACUUGCACAAGCUAUUCCAAAGCAGAGGGGAAUGUAAAUACAGUUGUACCUUGGUUUUCGAACAGCUUAGUUCUCGAACAUUUUGACUCCCAAACGCUCCAAACCCGGAAGUGAGUGUUCCGGUUUGCAAACUACUUUUGGAAGCCAAGCAUCCGAAGGGGCUUCCGCGGCUUCCGAUUGGCUGUAGGAGCUUCCUGCAUCCAAUUGGAAGUUGUGCUUCGGUUUCUGAACGUUUUGGAAGUUCCAGACUUCCAGAACAGAUUCUGUUCGACUUCCGAGGUACAACUGUAGUCUCAUGAGGGUUUGCUGUAGAAGUCUUGCUCCAUUUCUGUCCUAACAUCCUUUAAACCUCCUCUCCAAGACCUCCAUUAAAGAGAAAUUAAAUGCUGCACGUGUGAUGGGAAGCCACAAAGGCUCUAGUUUUUUAUGGGCUUCAUUGGGAGCAGCUAAAGAAGGCACUAAAGCAGGUGGAUGAGGGACAGCAAGGACAUAAGCACACACCCCUUUAAGGUAUCUUGGGGCAACUCUGCCCUUGAUUGUUAUUGUAGCUGUUUUCCACAUUAAGCAGGUACUAUUGGCAACUAAAGUUAUCUUUAAGCAGGUAAGGACAGUCACUUGGGUCAUAGGAUCCAUACAAUGUAAAAGGGUGAUGGGAGGAAGUGCCUUCUUUCCGAUUUAAAGUAAAAUAACCUAUUUAUAAUGAAUGUCAUUACAAUAGGCUGUUCAAUUCAGUGCUUGCUAACUGCAAAUGGUACAUUUUAUGUCUGAUUGCUAUGUAGUAUUUAAUUAUGUUUUACAAUUCCUAUGCUGUUUUUAUACAAUCCAAAUAAAAUGUGGUCAGAAAAUAGCUAAUGGGUGGUUUCAGUAGCUGCACAACUCUCCAGUUUAACACACCUCUUUCCUACUUGGUUUUAUAGCUUGCCUCCUGCAUUUUAUGUCAAAUGUUUGCAUGCCAGUGUUAAGUAAGGCAUCACACUGUUGCUGCUUCAUUUAUCGGUUUAUUUGCUCUGCAGCUAUCCAGCUUUGAGCUGAAGUUUCUGUUGAGUCUUUACUGCAUUUUUGGAAUCAUACAUUGAACAUCACCGUCACUUGUAUUGUAGGUAUUUUGAAACUAGGGGAUGUUUCUGUUGUCUGCCAUGACCAAUACCUCUUCUGUCUUCUCCUCCCUGCCCCAAGGUACAUCUAUCUUUAUUGGGAGUUCGAUUCACACUGGCUAGGAAUUUUACCUAACAAAAUAUACAAGGCACAGAAAAUUCAGGUAAAACUGUUACCAACCCAAAGUGCCAGAAUUCCCAGAAAUAUUCUGUCAUUUGAUCUUUAUUUUUCAAAAGGUGCUUUCAUGUACUUCAAAGCAUAGCUGAAAUACAUGCAGGAAAAGUCCAUCUGCACCCUCAUAUUUAAACUAUAUUCAGACUAAAUGUCCAAAACAGCCAUGACUUUUUUAAAAAAGGCAGAAUAAAUUUAUUUUAAAUAUAUAUAUACAUACACAUUCCGCUUUUCACCAUCUGGGUACCAAUGCAGCUCUAAGAAUAGUACCAAAGUUUAAUAUGCUAACCUUCAAUGUCACUUUAACAGAAGGGAAUAGUAGGAGGAAAGAGUUAUGGCUGGGAGGAAGAAAAAAAAAGUCUAAAAAGGGAACUUUUGGGGAACUUUUAAGAAGUGGUUUCCUUUGAUUCUGGGCCGGUUACAGAUUCUUUUGAGUUCAGUUUAUGAGAAUAAGAACACAGAUGGCACAGAACAGCUGAGUUUCAGCAUAACAUUUCAUAUGGCAUCUGCACUUUGGUUACAAACCUUCACACAAUUUAUGGAACGAGUGCUACCUCUGAUAUAUUGCAAACAGCUAAAGGAGUUUUAGCGGUGUCUAAAAUUAAAUUAGAUUUGAAAAUACCACCCGCUACAUGCAUUUUAUAAUUAUUAUUCAUAAUCAUGGUUCCUGUGUGCAAAAUUAAACGCCUCAGCUUCAAAUCUCUAUAUGAUUCAAUAUCUAAUACACAACUUUUACAGUUUUUAAGCAACUUCCUACUGAGUUAAGGAAUGUGCUUUUGCAGUCUGUAGAUGACGCAUAUUGAUUAGCAAUCUCCACUGCAGUGUCUGGCUGUUGUACUAUUAGUUAUAACCCGGCAGUGGCAGUUUCUGUCCUU